AUGACUGAUUUCUCCGAGACUCAGCAACAUCCUCGAACCAAAGCCGACCUCAUGGCCGCUAACACCGCCCUCCUAGCAGAAAAUCAGUGGAUGGCCGAGCUGUUAGCAGGAGUGCAGAAUAACGGAGAACGGAAAGUCGAUAGCAAAGAGACAAACACUGAUCAGCACGAAGAGCAUCAGUCAGAGUCCAACGUGAAGACUGGGGAAGCACCCCCCAAAACCGAAAGACAACGAACCAACCCGUUUUUUGAAGAAAUAAUGAAUUUCAAAAUGCCUAAGAAUUGUACAGUCCCUAUGACUCUAACACCAUAUAAGAGGAUCGGAUAUCCUAGAGUUCAUGUCACAAAAUUCGAGUCUAUGAUGUUCCUCAAUAGUGACUCCGAUCCCAUCCUGUGCCGAUCUUUUCUAACCUUUUUAGAUGGAGUCGCUUUAUUAUGGUUUUCUAAUUUGCCUGCAGGAUCCAUAACCAGCUUUGACGAGUUCGCCAAGAUGUUCAUCAAUCACUUCGCAGCAUCCAAAAUCUAUGUGAGAGACUCGGACUACCUUAGCACAAUUAAACAAGGGCAGCAUGAAAGCCUAAAGGACUACAUGACAUGCUUUACAACAGCAGCUAUGGAUAUCCUCAACCUUAAUCCAAAAGUGCAGCUGCAUGCCAUUAAGAGUGGUCUCCGAGCUGGAAAAUUCCAAGAAGCUAUAGCUGUGGCAAAACCGAAAACAUUAGAGGAGUUCCGGGACAAAGCCACUAGACAAAUCGAAAUAGAGGAAUUACGUGAAACUCGAAGGAACAAAAGACUACUAUCACGGAAGGAAAAAGACAAGCUGUACAGGUCUCAUAACAAAGACUCCAAAAAACCUUUUAAACUAACUCCAAAAUUUGAUACAUAUACUAGGUUUAACACCAGAAGAGAGGACAUCAUUAAAGAGAUACUGCGCAACAAACUCAUAAAGCCACCAAGCAAAGCAGGAACAUACAAAAGCAAACACUGCACAUUCCACCAAAAAUUCGGGCACACCACUGAUGAAUGCGUAGUAGCUAAGGACCUACUGGAGCGGUUAGCAAGAUAG